AAAUAUUUUUGUUAAAAAUGACGGCGUCGGUUUGAUUUAUGGGGUUGCCUGUCAGACGAGUAACUGUUUAAAUUAGAAAUCUAAAAAACGGAAAGUAGUAUAUUUUUAUAUUCUUAUGCACGCUUUUUCACGAAUCUGUUUAUGAAAUAGUUAAAUCUUGCAGGUAUAGACACGGCAUCGCAAUUCUAGAACGAAAAUGGAAAAUCAACGCAUUACACGAGGGCGCACUAAAAAGGCUGAUGUGUCGAAUACGGCGUCUACGACCACAAAAUCAACACCUGUCAAUGUUGGCAGGCGAAGUGCGGUCGCAGCCAGUGGUGUUUCUACAGCUGUUAAUGAGCAAGGAGCAGUUUUGAAGCGUUAUUCGCCCGCCCCUACAAGAUCGUCAUCACCUAAACGCGCUUCUCCCGGUCGCACAAGGCGAACUUCAAGACCACCAUCAACUGUACCUGCAACAACCAUUGCGGAAGCAGCCAUUACGCAACCUUUAUCAAAUGUGAAGGAAGAAGAAGAUUUCCAAAACUCAACUAACCAUACAAAUUUGCCUACUACUUUAACGACUAACACUGCAUCCUUGGCACCGAAUAAAAUAGCGAGUACAUCUUCAGUACACAGUUCGUACAGUUCGACAACGCAACAAACAGUUGAAAUUCAUACUAGCAGUGCUCAAUCGUCAAUAGAGAUUAAUAAACUUGCAGAUUAUAUACGACGUUCAGUGUCAAAAACAUUUUCUACUACUAGAGGAGGUACCGAGACCCGAGAGGGAUCAGUGCUAACGACGAACGAAAGCCGUUACAGUCGGUCAGUGUCACGAUCUAUUUACGAAGAAGAUGGUCGCUUUUCCAAAGCAGAAUAUUCCGACUCAGACGGUGCAGAUAUGGAAGGUGAUUACUUGGCCGAAGGGGAUGACGAAUUCAAGAGUUUUAACGUCACCAAUUCUGAGUACACUCUGUGUCGCCAAGUAAAAGCUCCACGAGAAUUUGGUGGCUGGUUCGGGGCGAGUGUGCUUAUGCUGUUAGGACCAGCAGUGUUUUAUUAUCUUCAAUGGUGUUGCGUGAACUUUGAAUGUUCACUAAAAAUACCCAACAUCAGAGCUCCAUUUAAUAUCGCCCAUCUAAUUACAGAAAUAUUCGAUGGACCAUCUGUGGGAGCAUAUCUAGCUCUUCAUUUUGGUGUUUUCGUCCUUUCAGCUUUAUUACCGGGUCGAUAUGUGCGUUUACCCGGAAGUGCAUGCUAUAAAUUCACUGCCCUGCCGAUGGCUAUUACGAUUUUAAUUGCCUUCAUAUGUGCACAAUAUUGGAAAUAUCCAGCAGCUGAAUUCAUUAUACAACAUCAGAAACGUUUUGGUAUUUAUGGAAUUAUUAACGCUUAUGUAGUCGCCUUAUGGGCUUACCUACGUUCGGAUAUGUUAAGCCAGAGAGAUUUGAUCCAAUUCAAUAAUUAUGCAAAGAGUGGCAAUUUUCUCGUCGAUUAUGCUUUAGGCCGGCAAUUAAAUCCAAAGUGGUUAAAUCUGGUAGAGUAUAAGCAAGUUUUCUAUCGCACAUCAAUGCUUUCUACACUAUUAUAUACUGUUUCUUGUUUGUGUGAAAGUGUUUUCAUACCUUGGUUGCCGAACGAUAAAAGGAAUUGGCAGUUGAUCAGUUAUUUUGCUCAACAUUUGAAAUACGAUUCAGUCAUGUUAUUAUGCAGUGGCAUGCUUUUGAUUUAUAUUUUCGAUUCCAUUAUAUUUGAGCACCACUUGGCGUCUUCGUUUGAAUUGCAAGGUGAAGGUUUCGGUUGCCUGUUGUUGCUGCGUUAUGCAGUUACUCCAUACUUACUGACAGCAGUAGCGGAAUACUUUUUUGUACGUCGGACAUCCUAUACGUGUUGUUUUGCCAUUUGGACCCCUUUGGUAUUACUAUCUAUUGGCAUCUUUCUUAAACGUUUUAGUAACGCGAUGAAAUAUAAGUACCGGUUGCAACCAAACCAUCCUCUUUUCACUAACGUCGACAGCAUACAUACUUUCCAAGGCAGACGUUUGCUAACCCACUCAGUUUGGGGUUUCGUUCGACAACCAAAUUAUUUGGGAGACAUUAUAGCCUUGUUAUCUUUAACAUUACCUUUGUAUCUCCGUUUCGCUUGGCCACCAUUAAUAAGCGUGUGUCUACUGAUAGCUUUGUUAAUGCAUCGCUGCAAGCGUGUUAAUGCGCGCAACACAGCUCGUUAUCAUUCGUCUUGGGUUCGCUAUUGUAGAAUUGUACCUCAUUAUCUUGUACCGCAUAUAUUUUAAAACUCUAACCCAACGUACAUAUAUAACAAAAUUUUCAGAAAAUUCAGCUUAAUUUAAGUUU